CAAACAACUUUAGAAUGUGCAGAACAAAAGAAAGGAGUGACUAAACCAACAUUUUUGCGGGAACGGAGUCUGUUUAAGAGUUCAGGUUGGUUCUUUUCCAUAAUACAUCUCAUAAACAGUGUACACAAACUUUUCAUUGCACUUCUUUAAGAUCUUUUAAAUAUUUUCUGUGAGAAUUACUUGGCCCUUGUCGGUCAUGGUUCAGUUCAGGUGUUUGCCAAUCACGAAGAAAUUCGAAAAUGAGAGGAAAUAUCAAGGAGAAAAACAUCACGAGUGUCUUAAGAGUCAAUACUUAUGAAGAUUUAUCUUGGAAACACCACUACGAGAACUAAAGGAACUUCUAAAAAACAAAACUGUUAGGGAUUAAGGUCAAAACCAAGCAUAUGUUUUAUGAUAUUCUUGUCACCCAUAAUAAUAAUAAUAAUAAUAAUAAUACUUUAUUCAAAUACAUAGAUACUCAUAAACAUGUUACACGAUGCAUAUUUGAAAAGGUGGACCGCAAGGUUAUCCCUAUAAAAGGUCCCCUAACUUAACUUUAAAAAUAUUAAAAAAUUUCAAAAACGCGCGUAAAAAUCAUCAGUACAGGUACAAAAUGGUAUAGUAAGAAUGAUAUUUAAAAUGAAAACAUACACAAUUAAAAUAUGAGCUUCUGUGUCAAUAAAUCUUCAUCCAUCUUUUUAAGCCUUUUUAAAAUUUUGUCAAGGCUAAUUUCGUCAGUGAAGAUGGUUUAGCAAACUGUUCCAGUCUUUUUCUCACGAAGAAGGAGUCCUUAAAGAAGUUAACUUUAGCUAAUUUAGUUUGUAUUUUGUAUGGAUGGUUGGCUUUAAUGUUUUUUACCUCUACAAAACUCGAAAUAGUCAUCAAAGUCUAAGCCAUUUAGACCAAACACUGUCUUGUAGCAUUCCACUACAGAGAGGUAUUCCCUUCGAUGCUGAAGUGUGUUCCAGUUUAGCAAUAUACAUCGUUCUUCGUAAGACAUCUCGCGUAGUUUUUGACCGAAAGCGAUUCUCGAUGCUCUUCGUUGUACUUUUUCGAUUGCCAACUUACCUUUAACUAAAUACCGGGCAUGCGUAUUCUAGGAUUGGUCUAACCAAGGACUUAUAGAGCAUAGAGAAAAUUUCCCUGUUGUUGCCACCAACUGUACAUUUUAGUAAGCCCACCACCUUGAUGCUUUAGUCACAAUUGCAUCCACGUGGUUCGACCAGGAUAAGUCUCUUGACACAUGAGCACCCAGGUCCUUCUAUGAGUUAACUGACUCUAAUUCUGUAUUUGACAGAUGAUGAAGAUGUUUACUUCCCACUUCGCUGCUAGUGCAAAGAAUGCUGCUCAAUCUAUCGUUUUAUUAUGUUGCCAAGUUCGGCUAGAUUGCUUUGUUGUUGUGUGAAUACAGAUGAAAAAUAUGAGUUCACCUUCUUAAGGGGAAAGUGUGUAACAUCUUCUGGUGGAAAGAAAUGUCAAGUUAAUUUUUGGGGUUUGGCCUAUUUUCCUUUUAUCGAGAACCAAAUGAACAACAUAAAAAUAACAAUUCGCGCUUUCCAUUAGUUAGCUGGCGUACAUUCGUCACCGGGGAAUAUUUAAAAAAGCGAGGGAAGCUUUCAAAUCGUAACGCACAAAGCGUACAUAUAUUUUUAGUAUGUUUUAGUAUUUUUAGUUUUCAAACUGAGAACUGAAUAAUAUCAUACUGAAGAAACUGACUGACUAACUUCAAUGAGGCUACGCCCUUGUUCGCACCUGAUAAAGAAACAAAAACGAAACAGGAGAACGCAACUACUCAGUUGUUUUACUAUAGGUUUGUUUGAAACAUCGGAUAUAGUCGAGGAGCUACGUCUCGUCACUUAAGAGAGUUAACAUACAUCGAGUUGUCUUUUAAAUCGGGGAAAAAAUUAUAACUCUAGAUUUGAUUGUUUUCGUGCGGCUUCAUGAUAUGUUACAUCCAUUUUUAAGGUACUAAUGAUCGUUGCGAUAUAAUUGGCUUUCAGCAGUGCGAUUUAUCCAUUGAUCGAGCUGAUUCUUGCCCCUGAUCGCUUCUUUUGAUUUGAAGUCGAUCUCGAGGUGCGCACUCGUUCGAUUUUGAACUUCAUACAAUUGCAAAAUUGCCCUCAAGCUGUUGUAAAUUUCUUAAAAGUGAUGAUAUGUUAUGUUCAUGGGUAACUUCUUUCUUACUCAGUUGCUAGUAAAGGAUGCAUUCUAAAAGAUUGGCAGUCGUUGAGGUCGCAAAUAAUUUCCUAUCCUGCCGGGCAAAAGAAGACAUCAAAGAAGGUUCCUUCCUGACUGAUCUCUGGGGUAGAGUCAGCGAGAAGGCUACCAGAUACACCGUACAAGUUGGAAAAAACAAGCACGUGGACCCUGAAGGGAUGAUCAGGUACAUGAAUCAUUCCUGUGACAGCAAAACAAAAUUCAUCUACAAAAAACGCAAAGAUAUCCAUCCAAUCUUAGCUGACGACCAGGAUGUCUUUUGGUACAUGGUGGCUGCUCGUGAUAUCAAGAGAGGCGAGGACAUCACGUUUGACUACAAUGUGACAGAAUAUGAAGUUGCAGAGCGAUUUCGUUGCAACUGUGGGGCUGUAAAAUGUCUCGGUGAGAUAAGAGGCUUCAAGUUUUUGACGCCAGAGCAACAGAAGUUGAGGGAAAAGGAAUUGUCUCCUAUUUUAAGUGAGCUUUGGCAUUAACUUUAAACUUAAAAUUAUUGAUAUCGUGAAGGAAUCGCAGGUGACUAUAUUUCCUCUGUCUUCAUUAUUGCUUGUUUUUUGUCACCAUCGCGCAGAAUCUCUAUUGAUCUCGAGACAUUUACUUCCACACUGUCUAUCUGAAAUGUUUUAGGCGUUUCUUAAUCUGUAGAACUCUGAUUGGUCAAAGAAUACGCUCCUUUUUUUUUCCUCAGGGUACAUUGCUUCUGUCGUUAGCAUGACAAGGUC